AUGGUGAAAAUUCACAAUUUCGGUGCUGGACCAGCGAAAUUGCCUGAAGAAGUAUAUGAUAUAAUCAAAAAUGAAUUGACUAAUUUCGAUGGCACGGGAAUAAGUUUAUUGGAAACCAGUCAUCGCUCUCAAACUUAUUUCAAAUUAAAUGCAGAAGUACAAGAUAUCGUAAGAAGAUUAUUAAAUGUACCGAGUAACUACAAGAUUCUAUUCAUGGCUGGCGGUGGUCAAGGUCAAUUUGCUGCUGUACCCCUGAACUUGAUAUCAAGAACUGGAACAGCUGAUUAUGUUGUGACAGGAACAUGGUCAGACAAAGCUGCAAAAGAGGCAAAAAAGUAUGGAAAAGUAAACUUAGUUAUACCUCCAACAGACCGUUAUGUGGGCAUUCCAGACCCAUCGACAUGGAAUUUGGACCCUAACGCUUCCUAUGUUCAUAUUUGCACUAAUGAAACUGUUCAUGGUGUUGAAUUUGACUUCAUACCAGAUACAAAAGGUGUGCCUUUGGUUGCAGACAUGUCAUCCAAUUUUAUGUCCAAAAAAAUAGAUGUUUCUAAGUUCGGUGUAAUCUAUGGUGGAGCUCAGAAGAAUAUUGGUACUUCAGGUGUUGCCCUAGUCAUUGUGAGAGAAGAUCUAUUAAAUCAAGCCUUACCUAUAUGCCCAUCGAUUUUGGAUUGGACAGUUACUGCUAAAAAUGAUUCAAUAUUAAACACACCACCUAUGUUUGCUAUUUACGUCAUGGGCAGAGUACUACAAUGGAUAGAAAGAAAAGGUGGACUCGACAAAAUGGCGGAGCUAGCAACAAAGAAAUCUUCAUUAAUUUACAACGUUAUUGAACAAUCUAAUGGUUUCUACUACGCCCCAGUUGCUAAGAAUGCGAGAAGUAAAAUGAAUGUACCGUUUAGAAUAGGUUCUUCAGAAGGUGACGAAGCACUGGAGAAAGAAUUUUUGAAAGGAGCUGAGGCACAAGGUCUGAUUCAACUAAAAGGACAUCGCAUGGUUGGAGGCAUUCGCGCAUCGAUUUACAAUGCAGUGACCAUUGAGGAAGUGGAGACGCUAGUGAAUUACAUGAAAGAAUUCCAUAAGAAACAUUCCAAGUAA